CGCAUGCAGAACGCAACACGAACUGUGUUUCAGCCUGUGAUAAACUUGUUUGGACUAUUGUACUUUUUGUAAAAGUUUACAUAUGCUAUUCUCCAAAACACUUUUAAAUUUAACUUAAGCUAUUAAACUCAUAUAUAAAGAUAACGUGAAGGAUCAGAACAGUAAUAACAUGCCAUUUCCGAGGGGAAAGAAGCCCAUAUCCAGCAAAAUCCCAAAACUGAAUACCAAAGGCCUGGAGAACCAGCAGGAUGGGCCCCAGACCAAGCGUUCAUCAUCCUCUCCUCAAGGGGCUCCUAAGAAAAGAACUGCUUUUGUGGACAUCACCAAUGCUAUCUCUCAGUGUUUUUUGGCCCCUCAGUUUAUUGCUGAUGAUGUCAAACCAGCACACAAGAUCGAGCUAUGCAAUCCCAUCAAGAAAGAUCCUAUCAAGAAGUUGCAGAAGAAGGCCUCAGUACUUGCUAAGAAUGAUGGCACCUUAAAAAAAUCAGCUGUGGUCAGUUUGGAGGAACAGUUGCAGGAACUGAAGAAUGUUGAGUUACCAGUUGAGAAACCAGUGGAGCCCUGUUCCAAAGCUUCACUUCCUCCACAUCUGCUGCCCCCACAGAUCCCUCCAGAGUUUGACAUUGAUUCUGAGCACCUCAGCGACUCCACACAUGCACCAGAGUAUGCAAAAGAUAUUUUUGACUACCUCAAGAGCAGAGAGGAAAAGUUUGUCCUGCAUGACUACAUGGCUAAUCAGACAAAUCUGAACAGAAAUAUGCGAGCGAUUCUAGUGGACUGGCUGGUUGAGGUGCAGGAGAAUUUUGAGCUGAAUCAUGAGACUCUGUACCUGGCUGUGAAAAUGACGGAUCAUUAUCUGGCCGUGACCCAAGCCAAGCGGGAUUCUUUACAGCUCAUUGGUUCCACUGCCAUGCUCAUUGCUUCUAAAUUUGAGGAGCGGGCUCCUCCUUGCGUAGACGAUUUCCUUUAUAUUUGCGAUGAUGCCUACAAGCGCUCUCAACUCAUCACCAUGGAGAUCAGCAUCCUGCAGGCACUGAAAUUUGACAUUAAUAUUCCGGUUCCAUACCGUUUUCUCCGUCGUUAUGCCAAGUGUGUGAAUGCAGGUAUGGACACUCUGACUCUGGCGCGGUUUAUUUGUGAGCUGAGUUUGCUCGAGAUGGAGUUUGUGCCCGUAAGAGCGUCUCUGCUCGCCUCUGCCUGCCUGCUCAUCGCCCUGGUAACCAAGGAUUUGGGAGGAUGGUCAGCGUGUCUGCAGUUCCAUUCUGGAUACAACGGGGAGGAUCUGGCGCCCGUGGUCAGAAAACUCCAUCACAUGCUCAGCAGCCCACCAGAUAGUAAGCUUGCCAUCAUCAGGAGCAAGUACGCACACGAGGUUUUCUUUGAAGUUGCGUUGAUACCCACAGUGAAUCUACAGAAGCUGGAGGGGUUUUUGAAGUGAGCUGAGGGGAAAAUGUGUAAUGUUUCAAAGACUGUAAAUAUUUAUAUAUAAUGUUGUAUUUUAAUCUUUUAAAAUAUUUUUUAUGUGUGUAAAUGGAAUGUUUAUGCAUGUCUUCCAUUUUUCAUGUUUGAGUGUUCAUGUUUGGAUUUUUUAUUUUUUUUAUAAACAAUGUUACUCCUGUAAGAGUAAAAUCACUUGAACAGAAACCAGUGACUAUAUCAUUAAAGUUGUUAUAGAAACAUUUAAAUGUUCAAAAAAGUUUAAUAAAGUAUAAAUCAUCCUAUUAGUUCACUUUAUUAGUUCAAUAGGUUUGUUAUUAAUCUAAUAAUGUUAUUAAAAUAGCAUUUAAACAAUGCUUAAACAUGUACAUAUAUCUGUUUAUCUGUUGGAUUUCCUACAGCAUUGUAUAGUUUGCCAUGUCUGUACAUUGAAAAAAAAAAACACAGACUUGAAUUUUUUUUUUUUUUUU